AUGCUGGCCGCCUCCGCCGUCCGCCGGGCCCUGCUGCUCUGCUGGCUCGCGGCCCCCGGGCCAGCCCGGCCCGAGCCACUUUUCCACAGCCGGGACCGCUCGGACCUGGAGCCCGCCCCGCUGCGCCGCGCCCAGCCCAUCGCGGACCCCCUCACUGCGCAGCGAUUCCUGUCCAAGUACGGCUGGGCCGACGCGCCGCCCUCGGGCCCCCGGGCCACCGACCUGGCCGAGGCCGUGCGCAGGUUCCAGAAGGUCAACGCGCUGCCGGCGAGCGGGCGGCUGGACGCGGUCACGCUGGCGGCCAUGAACAGGCCGCGCUGCGGCGUCCCCGACACGCGGCUCCUGUCGCGCCCGCCGCCCCCCGCCCGGCCCAAGCGCUCCCUACGGCCGCGGCCACCGCAGCCCGAGGUCGCCACGCCCCGCGGGGGGCCCCGGGCCUUCGCCAAGAGGACGCUGACCUGGCGGCUGCUGGGGGAGGGCGCCAGCGGGCAGCUGGCCAUGGACGAGCAGAGGCACAUCCUCAGACUGGCCUUCCGCAUGUGGAGCGAGGUGAUGCCGCUGGACUUCCGCGAGGACCUCGCCUCCCCCGGGGCCGCUGUGGACAUAAAGCUGGGCUUCGGGCGAGGCCGGCACCUGGGCUGUCCUCGGGUUUUUGAUGGCAGCGGGCAGGAGUUUGCACAUGCCUGGCGCCUGGGCGACAUCCACUUCGAUGACGACGAGCACUUCACACCUCCAAGCAGUGACGUGGGCAUCAGCCUUCUCAAAGUGGCCGUCCAUGAAAUUGGCCACGUACUCGGCCUUCCUCACACCUACAGGCCAGGAUCCAUAAUGCAGCCGAAUUACAUCCCCCAGGAGCCUGUGUUUGAGUUGGACUGGUCAGACAGAAAAGCAGUUCAAAAGUUGUAUGGUUCAUGUGAAGGGUCGUUUGAUACCGCAUUUGACUGGAUUCGCAGAGAGCGAAACCCACAGGGUGCCGUGACGCUGAGGUUCAGCACCUACUUUUUCCGCAACAGCUGGUACUGGCUUUACGAAAACCGAAACAACAGGACGCGCUACGGGGAUCCUCUCCAAAUCCUCAGGGGCUGGCACGGAAUCCCAGCACAGAACAUCGACGCUUAUGUCCACCUCUGGACGUGGGGGAGGGAUGAGCGUUAUUUUUUUAAAGGGAAUCAGUACUGGAGAUACAACAGUGACAAGGAUCAGACCUACACAGAAGAUGAACAAGGAAGAAGCUACCCCAAAUUGAUUUCAGAAGGAUUUCCCGGCAUCCCAAGUCCCCUGGACACUGCCUUUUAUGACCGAAGAAAGCAGUUAAUUUACUUCUUCAAAGAGUCCCUCGUGUUUGCAUUUGACGUCAAUAGAGAUCGAGUACUUGAUUCUUACCCGAAGAAGAUCACUGAAGUGUUUCCGGGAAUACAGCCACGAAACCAUCCCUUCAGGAAUAUAGACUCUGCCUAUUACUCCUACGCACACAACUCCGUUUUCUUUUUCAAAGGCAAUGCGUAUUGGAAAGUAGUUAACGACAAGGACAAACAAAAGCAUUCUUGGCUUCCUUCAAAUGGCUUAUUUCCAAAGCAGUCCAUCUCAGAGCGGUGGUUUGACAUCUGUGACGUCCAUACCUCCACUCUGAACAUGUAAUGGGAGAAGUAGGCAAAUGGAGUCAGAAAAUUUCUCGUCUAAGUCUGGUUUCUUUUGCAAAGGAAACCAACCAGAUUUUUAGUAACUAAAGUAAAUAGGGCUAAAAGCCAAUGGAAAAAGCAUUACUUGAACUUCUAAAAUACUUGAUUUAGAAGGGAAUUUCUCAGGCAAAAAAAGUAAUGCAUUGAAUAAUUUUGCCAAUCUUUUAGGAAAGGUUAAAAAAAAAAGAACCCCGAGGAAUCCCUGUCUCUCCACCACCCAUCCCCGCUGCACCCCGAUUUCGUGGGUGGACAAAAAUGUAGCGAUAGCCAUAGGAUCCAGUCAUGGAAAGGGUACACAGUUCCCUGGGAGCCUUCAGCGGAAAAGGUCACAGAUUUCAAGUUGACUGCAGUCCACAGUUCCUGUCACAAUAAUUUAUAUUUUUCUAAUACGUGACAGUGUAUAGGUUUUCCCGUGUAUUUCUCUCUUGAUCUUCACAAGUCUGGAGAGUCCCAGGGAACCUACAACUGUGCACAUUUCUAGUCGAGGAAACUGGAGUUCACAACUGUGUCCUUCUCAGAGUCAGACGUGGUGGCUGCUGGCCCCCCUCACCUCUACACCCCAGCCCAGCAUCCAGGCAACCUUCUCUCCAUCCCUGCCCUGAAGUUAACUGCAAAACAAGUCAUCUCAGUGAUCAGGCCACGGGUGGCACAGUUCUCAAGUAACAGCUGAAGACACGAGCACUUUAAGCAGCAUGAAUUUAAAGUCAGCAGAUGACAAAAACAUUGAAAAAGCCCUCUCUUCCCCUGUAGGGAUGUUCAUAUUCUUGUUUGGACAAGGGAAGACAGCUACAAGUGGUAUCUUCUUGCUUAAAAACAAAUACUCCUCUGGACGAAAAGGCUGUUCAGCCAAGGAGAGGCCAGAAAACAGGACAGGGAAGGUCGGCGACAUCCCUGACGCUGGCUUGCUUCAAAAUCAGAUCUUCCCCAUGGAGGUGUGUAGAUUUAACCCGCAGAGACAGCGGAGUGACCGCUGUCCUGACAGGAGACACGGCUGAUUCUGUGCAUCGGCUUCAUGACUUAGUUAAAACUUUAAAUGUCUCAGUAAUUUUUGAAAAUGGAUGCAAAUCUUUCCCAAGGAAGUAUAAACUAAGUAACAAGGAAGUGGACAGACGGCCAGGGGCCAGCAGGAGCUCUGCAAAGCUGGGACAGGUGUCUACACGCUUACAAGGAACACAUGAAAGUCCCAGCACGUGAGAAAGCGCCCCGUAAAAACUCAGCUUCAAACACCUUUCCACGGAGUUCAGAUUCCUCCGUAGAGGUGUGGCUGCUGAGCAGAGGGGCUGUGCAUGAUCUGCCGGGAAAGGGGUCUGCAGAUGGCGGAGGAGGUUGGAAUGGACCUUGGGGGCCAGGGCAGGCUCUUGUCUACAAAGCCCUCAUGCACCAAAGUCCCAACCAUCUACCUGACAGGAAAGAGUCGGCUUGAUUUCUGUUCCAUUUCCUUGAAACGGAUUUUAGCAGGACAGGACAAGCACAGCAUCGCAUGCUGUAGCUCGGAAAAAAAUAGAGGCCGUCUGUAGGCCAGGGGACAGGAGCUACGCAUCGACAGUGGCAAGUUGUGAGUGUGACUUUCUAGAGAGAACUUAGUAGCACGAUUUUAUUUUUAAUGUUUUAAU